CCCUCGCGGGCUGUGGAGCGCGGGCGGCGGGCCGGGGCUGUCGGCGGCGGGGUCGGGAUGGCGCAGCCCGCGGAAGCCUCGGGCCACACAGCGACCGCCAGCGCCAGCAUGGACAACAACGUCCUGGCCAUCGUCAUCGCCGCCACGGUGUCCACCUCCGUCUUCAUCGUGGCGAUCCUCAUCCUGCUGCUGCUCUUGUACCAUCGGGAUCCCAUGUGCUGCCAGUUCCUCUGCUCCUGCCGCCUUUUGCAGACUCCCAGCCAGUAUGACCGCCCCCCACCCUACUUCAGCAGCAGCCAGCAGCUGGUGGGACCCCAGCGUGGAGCCUCACGGCUGGAGAGCACUGCUGAGAACCCUGGCAUGCAGGGAGAUGAGCUCUUCUGUGUCGGACCCCCCAGCACGUACCAGCUCCCAUCCUGGGAGCAGCCCCGCCUGCCCAGCUACGAGAGUGUGCGGAAGAAAGAUCGCCAGCGGGAAAUCCAUCAGAUGAUUGCCGACAGGUUUGGGCUGUGGGCAGAGCCAUCGCAGGAGAUGCCACCUCCUUAUGAGCAUGCUCUGAGGCAUCCUCCAGCUUUCUCAGGAACAGGAAUAAGCUCAGAGACCUUGGACAGACAUGGUGUUCCAGACCCUUUCCAUGCCCCCCUCAGCUACCAAACUCAGCGGAAUACUGCAGUGUAAGGCCUUGGCCUCAGUGUACUGCUGCUUCCCAUUCUGUCAGCAACUGAAGUGCCUGGGAUACCAUUUUCCUCCACAGUGAAUGGCCAAACCUUCACCCAGAUCCACAAUCAGCUGGAAACAUAGGCAAUACCAACCCAGCCAGUGACAUCCCUCUUGCAGCACAAGAACAACCACAGAGCCAUUGCUGAGUACUGCACUGAGCAGUGGAACCAGGGAUAUCUGCUCAUUCUGUCAAACAGCAAAGGUAAAGGUCUAGCUGCCGGUGCUGCACAGGGCAAAGCCAAGGGGAAUGUCUGCUAGGCCAGAGCUCCUUCGGAGCAGCAUUUCAUACCUCUGUGAGGCAGCACUGCUGGCUGUACAUAGGAUAAGACCUCAGGCACUGGUGAUUUUGUGCUGCUUCACCUGUUUCUUAGGUUAUCAAGUGUUUUACUGUAUCUGGAUUACCUGCCAUGUGGAAGUCCUCACCUGUGAGUGGCAGAAGGCAUGUGCCUUGGAGCACUGCUGCAUGCUCUGGCACCAACGGCCUCUGACUGACAGCCGUUCUGUACAGAGCCUACAUAUGGAUCUGGAGAGGCUCCAUGGGUUAUACCCAAAUAUAGACCAGCAAGAUGAACCAUGGGACUGGAUUUGCAGGCUGGGAAAGGACAGAUGCAUGGACUGAAUAGCUGGAGGUCUACAUGAAGACUGUGAAGCACAGGUGGACACGUGGCUGACCCAGUUCACCUGGUCUUCUGAAUAGCAGAAGAACUGUCUAAAUAAUGUCAACACUGGUGUCCUUACAUUACUGAUUUUGAUAACUUGUUUUCUACUGCAGAGUCAAUGUUUCAAAUUGUUUACAAACAUGUAGAUAAAAUUAGAUCAGCUUAGGCACAACCCAUUGGGGCUCCUUUAUUUUGAGCAAUACAAGCUCAAAAAUGUCACCUAAUGUCUCAAAAGGAUGAGUAUCCUGGAUAAUGCUCUAUCAUACACCUCCACCUGCUGAGGCUUCAAAUACUAGCCCAGAUUGGGCAUCUUGCCAGGCCCCCUGAACUCAUUACUGAGUUAGAAUUAGGCCUGUGAACUUGCCUCACAUGGGCAGUAUAUGGCACACUCAGAUAUUUAAGUUAAGCAUUGAGGUGAGUGAGCUAGAGGGAAAAAUCCAGCUUCUGGGUACACAGCAUAGGUGCAUGUGGAAAAGGAUCUGUUCUGUAGUAUUGUCAAUUAAGGUACUAGUAGAACAGUAAUGACUAAAAUUGAGCAAAAAUAGAGGGAAUUAUUAGCAGGACAAGUACUGAAACAAGUGUGAUUAUAGAGGGAAUUCAUCCAAUGGCACAACAGACCAGGCUCUCCAGAUAUUACAUGACCAUGGUAACACAAUUCCAUGAGCAGCUAAGACCUUCAGCUACCCCACAGCAUUUAUUAAACACUCAUAAAUGUCAGCGGGUGAUCUCAGUGCCUCAACACGGAUCACAAGCACUUCAGGAACAAAACCAAAUCCUAAAAUGGUAUCUUCAGAGCCUCUCUUCUCUUCAGAUGCCAGUAUAGCUGUGGUCUGUUCUUUCCAUCUGUGCCCACAUGACACAGGAGGUUCACAGCAUGUUGAUGAGUUUGAAGCUUCCUACUUCUGCAGUAGGGACAACAUUGAUAAAAGUUUUAUAAAGGAUUGCUCCUUUGGGCAGCUGGCAGAUCACAUCCCUGCUCUCGCUGCUGCGGGGUGGGGGCACAUAGACCUCUUUGGUGUAUCUCACAAUCCCAUCCUCCAGGGCAUAGAGUGUCUUGUUACGGCCCAUGCCCACCUGGGAGAGGAUGAAGAGCAUUAGAAGGGAGAGGCUGGACAUCCACGACUAAAGCAGAUCUGAUCAUUGGUCUGCCUUGUUUGAUAUCCUGGCUUCAACAGCAUCUGUUGCUUUAUUUUUUAAAAUAAAACCACACAACUUGCUUCCAGCAA